UCAGUUUAGAUUGAUACUCACUUCGCGUAGGACGCAUGGUCGCUUCGAGUCUCCGGUAUCGGUUGGUUUUGUAUUCAACAAGAACAUCAGUUCCGAAUCCCCGAGUAGGAGCGUGAAUGGUACCGAUGAAGAUCCCUCUGUGCACGGAGUGACUCCGAUCGGUCAGUGUGAAAGCUACUUUCGGAUCGAGUGGAUGCUGAGAGUUUUAGCUCCUGUUUAAGAUACAGUAGUUUGCUUCGAGUUCGAUUCCGGACGAUAUAUGACUGCGCGAUCUUAGGAAUGUGCUAAGUGCUUGAACUAUCAAUCAUUCCGUCCGACAUCAAGUGCAAGGAUUAGAGGCGCGUAGACUUGGAACAUAAUCGGGGAGUGCGAUAGAAGCUACUUUAUGGUUGUGAUUAGAGUCUGUGUGAUGGUGAAUUUUGCUGGCGAGGGCUAUUGAAAGCCAAGUUGAAUCGAAUCGUUUCCAUUAAAAAAACGAAGAUUUGCUGAAAAGCUUUGGACAAUUCAACCUCCUCAAACCGAGUGCAUUCCUUGCAAGUGCGGUUAGGUGGGCGCUAGUGCUAAUUGAUUGAACAAAAUGAUGAAGCCAUCAAUGGUCAGCGAGUGACAGUCGAUUGCCCCUAGCAGUUGAACUCCGCAGAGAAAGAGAGCAGAGACCCGCGUGAGGCUGAUGCAUGCACUUUAGCGUUGGCGAGAAGAUGUGUGAAUAAAAGAAAAAAAAUACUUCAAAUCACAAUUCCUUUGGAACGGCUCUGUGUGGUGCAGUUGCAGCUUUGUGGAACGCAUCUUCUGUCGAAGAGUGAAAUCGCUGCCGGCUUAAGUAGAUAGUGGCAGUGCUAAUCAUAGUAAUACAAUAUUGCGGCUAGCGGUUUGCUAAUCGCCGGGUGUUUGGGGCCUGUGCUGAAAGUGAUAAUAAGUGCACUGUUCCCGAACCGGUUCUUGGCUGGCGAGAGAGUAAACAAAUUUUACACAACAACGCGUACUAGUGUAGUCUGCUCCUCUCGAUAGGGCAAUAAAUCAAACCGAAACUGUCAGCAGGAAUUAGAUUUCGAGCCGCCUUGAAUAGGAACAGCCUGGUGUCGGUCUCGACUGAAGAAUCAUUGAAAAGCCGCUCUUUAAAGUGGUUUGUAGGUUGCCGUGAAAUAGGACACAAUCUUGAUAGAUUUCCAGAGCGUGGUAGAGGAGGGCAAAGAUGAAGUUUGCGGUGGCCUGCCUGAUAAUGCUGGUGCUACGCGGCUCGCUGGCAAUUCCGCCCAAGUCGGAACCAACGAUCUCGGAAUGUACCGCAAAAGGUGGCGAAUGUGACGAGAGUAAGGGGCGCCCGGUUUGCGGUACCGACAAUCAAACCUAUCCGACGAGGUGCCACCUAAUUCGGGCGCAAUGCAGUGGUCAUCAGGUCAGCCUGAAGCAUCGUGGUACUUGCAAAGACGUAUGCCUCGCGUCACGAACGUACGCCCUUCAGCAUCGGUCCAGUACGGCGUACGGGGUCAAAUUCGUGCCACGGUGUCGGGAGGAUGGGACCUACGCACCGGUCCAGUGUCUCGAGAGUGUCGGUUGCUGGUGUGUCAAUAGCCAAGGCAAACCACUACCGAACACGACGGUCCAGCACGGUAAACCAGUUUGCGUGAAAAAGGGCAAAUCGAACCAGCGCCGGUCCUCGCCGCGAAAUCCGGUUAGAAACAAACGCAGUUGUUCCCGCAUGGAUCGGGCUGUGUUCAACCGUAAUCUACAGAAGCUGUUUGAGAACGAACACAUUAGGGUGCAGCAAAGCGUAAGAGGUGCCACCGGAUUACUGGGUGUAUCUGGUUCCGUUAGCGAGAAAACCGUGCUGGAGUGGAAGUUUGCCUCGAUGGACGGAAACAAAAAUGGAAUGCUGGACAAGACCGAGUACCGGGAGCUGAAGCGACUGAUCAAGAAGGUUGUCAAACCGAAACGAUGCGGUCGUUCCUUCGGCAAAAGCUGUGACGCUGAUCAGGAUGAACGGCUGUCUCGAUUGGAGUGGUCCAACUGCUUCUCGAAAGAUAACCUAACACCCGAGAUGGAACACUAUCCGUCACCAUCAUCAUCAUCAUCAUCUUCUACUUCCGGUGGUACUUCUGGUGGACUGUACGCCACUGCUGCCCAUCACCAUCAUCAGCACCACUCGGGUGUCGGGAUCGUCGGCGGUGGCGGUGGUGGCACCUUAAUCGGUGUCGGUGGCUCCUCACAUUCUUCCUCUAGCUCUAGCACCCAUCACCAUAGCUUCCUCCGGUACGAUGAGUCACAACAGAAUGGCUCCAGCCAAGAUUACAAUGAUUUUGACGAUGAAGAUGAUUACUCAGAAAAUGAUGACGAUUCGGACGAACUGCCCGAUAGUGAUAACACGCUACUAAACGGACUGCACUUUAGCAUUGCCGGCAAGCGGCUGCAGCCCAACCUGUUGCUGCAGGGGAAAACGACAUUGGAGCUAAAGGGUGAGCAGGAUCCCAUCUUCAAGGACAGUGAAGCCGAAUCGGACUGUUUGAGCGAUCGAGCAGCUGCUCUGGAAGAACAGAGGGGCGGAGCUACUGCUUUGUAUGUUCCCGAGUGCACCGCUGAUGGACGAUAUCAGCGGGUACAGUGCUAUCGAUCCACUGGAUACUGUUGGUGCGUUCAUGAGGACACAGGGAAAAACAUUCCCGGAACAUCAACAAAGGAUACGCGACCACAGUGCGACGUCUAUCCGGGAGUGGGUGGACGACAAAUGCGGGGUUGUCCGGACGACAAGAAGCUGGAAUUUUUGAAGGAUCUGAAGGACUUCUUGAAGCAGCAGAUUGCUAGCAGCUCGGUUACGGCAGCGGACAACACAAAAUGGGGCACGGAGGAUGAGAAGAUAGCCACGCUCAGUUUCGUUUUGCUGGAUAAAAACAAAAAUAAAGUGUGGGAAAGAAAGGAAUGGAAGACAUUUCGGGAACUGGUUACGGCUGCGAGACAACUACGCAAGUGCGGUAAAAAAAUGCCACGCUAUUGCGACGUCAACAACGAUCGAAAGAUCACCCUGUCCGAAUGGCUCAACUGCCUGCAGACUCAGCGGACGCCAUAUGUAAUGGCCAGUAGUAUGUCGAAGGUGUCUUCCACCGCAUCGUCCUCGUCCAGUCAUGGUGGCGGUGGAGGUGGCGGCGGUAGUAUUUUGUCCGAUGGGUGGAAAGCUCCCCUUUCCGCCUCAUCGACGUCCAAAUUUCGAGGUCCUAAUCCGUUGGAAUCGGUUCUGAAAAGUGAUUGAACUCAAGUCACUCAAGCUCCUCGAGCAAUUAACGAAUGAGACUUAAACUCUGUCGAGAGCAACGCUGCGAAAGAGGCGCUGUCCAGGUGGGAUGCGCCUCCUGCUUUUAAUCCGAAAUCGAAACAUACUCACCACGAUAGAGAGAGAGAGAGAGAGGGAGGGCGAAAAAGCAAGCUUUUCAGACGAUUUAUCUCUUUACUAUAGGAGAUGUAGUGCCAUGUUUUACAGCAAUAGGAGCUCACGAAGGAUGAGUGUGAGUGCAGAACAAUUGAAAAGAAAAAUCGAACGAAUCGUGUAAUACUACUACCGGUGUACCAGUGAUAUUUUCGCACUUUAUAUCGCAAAAUCUUAAAACGAGAAUUGCAUAUAUUUAUUUUUAUGCUUACAGAAGUUAAAUUGAACAGGUGGUUAUGGGCGAGGACAAAGUAAUUCGGAUUGUUUUAAUAGUAUUUAAUGUUAAUGUGCGCGAAGUGUUGCAAAAGGGAUUUUAAAACAAAAGAAGUUAAAUUGUUUCACACAAAAUCAGUAUUAAAAGUUUGUCCAUGUUUAGUUUUUUGUUGGUUCACAACAAAGGUCCAAUCCGAGCGGAAAAUUUCGACAAUCUACUUGUUAUACAGGCAGAAGCAAUGAAAGGUACGAUUAGUUAGAGUGCUGUAAUGAACUAAAAGUGCGUGUGAUAUAUGUUAUUUAAUUUACAAUGUACGUUAUAUUUUAAACUACAAUAUUGUAUGAGCGAAUCCCAGUUGGUCGUUGAGAAUCGGCAUCCUCUAUAUUCGGUUUGCUGUACAGAAAUUUACUAGGUUUAUGAAUUCAGCUACGAUACUAUAAUACUAGUUAGAGAGUAAUAAAACAAACACCCGCAGUCUGCUUACUAUUUAUAUGAUGACUACAACCGCAAACGAGUAAUAAGCCAUGUAAACCAGUUCCUUCACUUCGUUGGUAGCGUUGUGAGAGAAGCAUUUUUAACGGUAGGCCCGUGUUACAUUUAGGCAUACUAAUAAAAUAUUUUAAAUUUGAAUAACAGAGAUAA